CACAAUAGUACUCCAUUAGCAUGGUGAUAUGCUGACCCUCACCCUCUCAUCUCCUCUCUCGUUGUUCCGAUUCGAAUCUUGUGAGAGUGAGGAAGAUACAAUGCACACGCCACACUUUCCUGCGCAUGCUUCAUCGUCCUAACCCUCAAUUUCUACGCCAAAUCUCCAAAAAAUCCACUCUUUGAAUCUUUCAAGCACCAACAAUGUCAAUGUCAAUAUCACUUCAGGCCUCUAUCAUCUGCAAGCACUCAAUCCCCCAAUCAAACCCUCUCCUCCUCUGCCUCUCCCCUCAACUUUUUCAUUUCCCCAAAAGAUCAAUCGGCAGCUCCGCCAAAUCAUCCUCCCCCCUCAGGUCAAAAUUCUUGCGGCAUCGCUCCUUCUGCGCCUUGAAUUCCGAAAAUUCAACCGAAUCGACUAGUGGUAGUGAUUCCGGAGAAGCGGCCGGCGAUGUGAAGAAUGGAAGAAGGCUGCCGAUUGUUGUUCUUCUGGUCGGGAUUUUUGCGAGGCUGAGAGAGGGGUUCGAGAAGCUUCUGUAUUCGGAUUGGUUCAGCUGGUGGCCGUUUUGGAGGAAGGAGAAGCAGUUGGAGAGGUUGAUUGCAGAGGCUGAUUCCAAUCCCAAGGAUGCUGCUAAACAGAGCGCUCUUUUAGUGGAGCUCAAUAAGCACAGUCCGGAGGCUGUCAUCCAGCGUUUUGAACAGAGGGCGCAUGCGGUAGACAGCAGAGGAGUAGCUGAGUAUCUCCGAGCACUAGUUUCCACUGAUGCGAUCGCUGAGUACUUGCCCGAUGAGCAAUCUGGAAAACCUUCUAGUCUUCCUUUUCUGUUGCAAGAGCUAAAACAGCGAGCAUCAGAGAAUGAGGAUGAGCCUUUCGCUAACCCUGGGGUGUCCGACAAACAGCCGUUACAUGUUAUGGUGGUGGACUCGAAAAUGUCAAGCAGAUCAUCCCGUUUUGCACAAGAAGUUAUAUCAACUAUUGUGUUCACUGUUGCUGUUGGUCUUGUCUGGAUAAUGGGUGCAGCUGCACUUCAGAAGUAUAUUGGCGGCUUAGGUGGGAUUGGAACUCCUGGAGUCGGUUCUAGUUCCUCGUAUGCCCCAAAAGAUUUGAAUAAAGAAAUAAUGCCAGAAAAAAAUGUUAAGACAUUUAAAGACGUUAAAGGCUGUGAUGAGGCUAAAGAAGAGCUCGAGGAAGUUGUGGAGUAUCUAAGAAACCCUUCAAAGUUCACUCGAUUAGGAGGGAAAUUACCUAAGGGAAUUCUUCUGACCGGAUCUCCUGGAACUGGGAAAACUCUACUUGCCAAGGCUAUAGCUGGAGAGGCCGGGGUACCUUUCUUUUACCGAGCAGGCUCUGAGUUUGAAGAAAUGUUUGUGGGUGUUGGUGCUCGCCGCGUAAGAUCCCUGUUUCAGGCAGCCAAGAAGAAGGCUCCAUGCAUCGUAUUCAUUGAUGAGAUUGAUGCUGUUGGGUCUACCCGCAAGCAGUGGGAAGGUCAUACAAAAAAAACACUGCAUCAAUUACUCGUAGAAAUGGAUGGAUUUGAACAGAAUGAGGGGAUUAUUGUUAUGGCGGCGACCAAUUUGCCUGACAUACUUGAUCCAGCUUUAACAAGACCUGGUAGAUUUGACAGGCAUAUUGUCGUUCCUAGCCCAGAUCUCCGGGGUCGUGAAGAGAUAUUGGAGCUCUAUUUACAAGAUAAACCUUUGGGGAAUGAUGUUGAUGUAAACUCAAUUGCACGUGGUACUCCAGGAUUUAAUGGAGCAGAUCUUGCCAAUUUGGUUAAUAUUGCAGCCAUUAAAGCUGCCGUGGAAGGUGCAGAGAAGUUGAAUGCAGCACAGUUAGAGUUUGCCAAAGACAGGAUAAUGAUGGGAACUGAAAGGAAGACGAUGUUUCUAUCAGAAGAUUCGAAGAAGCUUACUGCAUAUCAUGAGAGUGGCCAUGCUAUCGUUGCCUUGAACACCGAAGGUGCACAUCCAAUCCACAAAGCAACAAUUAUGCCACGGGGAUCUGCUUUGGGCAUGGUCACCCAGCUUCCUUCUAACGACGAGACUUCAAUCAGCAAGAAGCAACUGCUGGCGCGUCUUGAUGUUUGUAUGGGGGGAAGAGUGGCAGAAGAGCUUAUCUUUGGCAAGGAGCAUGUGACUACCGGAGCGAGUAGUGAUCUCAACACAGCGACCAAGCUUGCUCAGUAUAUGGUAUCAAGUUGUGGGAUGAGUGAUGAAAUUGGACCAGUUCAUAUUAAGGAAAGACCUAGUUCAGAAAUGCAAUCUCGUAUUGACGCAGAAGUUGUCAAACUAUUGCGGGAGGCUUAUAAUCGUGUAAAAGCCCUGCUGAAAAAGCAUGAGAAGGCGUUACAUGCUCUUGCAAAUGCACUUUUGGAGUACGAGACUCUUAACGCGGAAGAGAUAAAGCGUAUACUUGUACCUUACAGUGGAGCUGAGUUAUUCGUGGAGCCGGAGCAGCAGCAGGCGGAAGAGGAGCUCGUAUUGGCUUAAAGCAUGGGUCCCUAAUGGGAGAGUUGUGUACAGAGGAAGGAAGGGUAUAAUUAGCUCAUUAGCAUUCAACAUACUUAAUUUAACCAAUUUAAAUCUCAUCCCAGAAUUUUUUUGUUCUAGUUGAAGUUGGAUUAACUAUACAAAAUUGAAAGGUAGGUCAAAUUACAUUGGAAAAUUGUACCCUGAAAUUGGGAGAUUUUGGAUAUAAUUUAUACUAUGAAAUACAGAUUUAUGGGAUUUCUGUUUGCUGAGA